AUGGCAUAUGAUACAACAAGGGAGAAUGAGAUAAUAUUUAACGAAAAGACAAUACUAGGAGAACCCUUAGUACAAGGUAUAACGGUUAAUCAGGACGUCGCUAUAAGGGUGCCGGAUAAUUAUAAACACACUUGUAAAUUAGGAUCCAUUCGUAUAAAUUGCACAGGUACAAUUGACAGUGAAAAACUAGAUCAACAAGAUGGAACUUAUCUGUCAGUAUACGUAGGCAAACAAUGUACAGUUGAUUUAUCAAGAGAAGGAGGAGAAGUAGACGAAGAAAUAUCCGUAAUGCAAUUCAGACUGAGAGGGGAACGGAUAAUAAUUAAACAGUUCCUUAUAAAACCCACCAUUAAGCAAAAUUAUCAAUUCAACAACAAUUCAAUCAAUAUGGAAACUCUAGAAAAAGAAACUAGGAAACGAUCAGUAACCGACAAGUUAGAAACAACCACCCAGUUAAACAAUACUGAACAUAGAUUAACAAACUCUCCAGAACAAAUAAAAUCAAAUGCAAUUACCACUACGCCUACCAUAGCCACCUAA